GUUGCCAAAUGCAAUGGAGGUGGUAAACAGACUUGUUACGGAAUCUCUACCCGAUUAUUUAAAGAAUUUACCUGUUCCAAAGUCAUUGUUUGGAUUUGCAAGAUUGUCUGUGACAGAAUGGGCUUCCUUGGUGCCAUUUGUUGGCGCAGUCUCGAUAAUAGUUUACAUGAGUGUGCAAACAUUCAAACCAAAACCCCCACCUCAGAAAACUCCAGUUAAUCUGAAAAUACAGAAAGAAACGGCCAAAGUGGUCAAUAUGGUGGACAUAGAGGAUCUGGGAGAGAAGGUCACCUACUGCAGGUGCUGGCGUUCCAAGAAGUUCCCCCUGUGUGAUGGAAGCCACAACAAACACAACGAUGAGACUGGGGAUAAUGUAGGACCACUGGUUCUUAAGAGGAAGAGCUAAAGCCAUCACAAGACUCCGAGAGAGGCACUACUCUGAGUGUGUGUGUGUGUGUGUGCUAGAAUUUUCAGAGUGUUUUGUACUAACAGUGUAGAUGUACAGGUAUGAUAGGAUUUUUAUAAGAAAGACUCAACAGUGUAUUUGAAAUCAGUGGGUUUUUUUUUUUUACUAUUUGAUUUUGAUUGUCAGUUUAUUUGUACAUAAAAGUGUUAAACUGUU